GGCGCUACAGAUCUGCCUGGAUGGACGCAUUGGAAGCCAGCGUUUGUCCUGGAACGGGGAUUUUAUGAAGAAAUCUGCAACUGUGAUUUGGAUGCAUUUUUUAUUUUUUUUUUGCAAGCUGGCAUGGUCCGGAGGUAGGCAAGACGCUGGGUGCCGCUCAGAAGACAUGCAAAUUGUGGUUUUGAAUAUUGGGAUUGCCAGGUGCUGGUUUUGACAGGCAAAGUUUAAACAAGAACAAAAAUAAACCACGACUGGAACCAGGACUCAAGAAAAUCAGGGGCUAAACCAGGACUGCUGCAUUUUGUCAACAAAGUCGUAACAAGGGUUUUUUAAAGAACUGAGCAAUCAAAGCAAGAACUGGAAAUAAACCAGGAUUGGACUGCGAGUAAAUCAAAAGUAAUUCAAGAAAACCUCGGUCUAAACCAGGACUACUGCUUUUUCUCAAAACAAGGAUCUUUUCAGCAUCAAAACUUAGGUCUUAAGCAACUAAAUCAGAAGUCAACCAAGCCAAGAAUCAGAACUAAACCAGGACUAAAUCAGAACUUAAUAAAGAAAACCAUGGUCUAAACCAGGACUACUGCAUUUUCUCAAAACAGGGAAUUUUUCAGCAUCAAAACAUAGGUCUUAACCACAAACUAAAUCACAAGUCAACCAAGCCAAGAACCAGGACUAAACCGGGACUAAACCAGGACUAAAUCAGAAAUAAACCAGGAUUGAACUGCGACUAAACUAGGACUAAUUCAAGAAAACCACAGUCUAAACCAGGACUUUCUGCAUUUUUUCAGCAUCAAAACAUAGGUCUUAACCACGAACUAAAUCAGAAGUCAACCAAGUCAAGAACCAGGACUAAACCAGGACUUAACUGGGACUAAACCAGGACUAAACUAGGACUAAAUAAAGAAAACCAGGGUCUAAACCAGAACCCAAGAUUCAACCAUGAACCAACUCAGAUGUACUUUUUAAACCAAUCAAGAAUAUUUUCAUGAUUUUUCAUUUUUAAAAAUUUUAUACAAAAUUUGAACUCUGUAUUUUAAGCAAUUCAUUUUAUUUAUUUAUUUUUUAUUUUUUUGCAGCCUUGACUUCUCCAUCCAUUACAUGCCCUGGUUAGUUCCACCUGCUGCUUGCGGCUAGUGCAGGUGCUUCUCGUGUUUCUGUCAUGUAACCCAAAGCCUGCACGAUGUUUCAUGGUACCGCGGAUCACAUGACCUCCUUCUUGUAUGUUUUUCUCUUCGAACCUUUGCCGUUCGCAUGCAGUCUUUCUCAGUAACGCGCUUCACGUCAGGAGGAAGUUAAUGACGCGUCUCACAUUUCCGUAGCUCCGGUGGCACAUUGAAGAGACAGGAGUCCGAUUUUGCUUCACCUGCGCUGGCUAGAAAGGUGCUACUGAGCUGCUUGGAUGUGGAGAUAACUGGAAGAUUUUGUUAUUCGUACUAGCAAAGGAUUCGCAAUUUGAAACCUGCCGGAGCUACUUUGCAGACUUUGAAAUGUUUGAUUGACACUUCCUGGUUCAGUUGCAGUUUUGGUGCUACCUGGUGCUAUGAGCAACAACUGGUAAAGAACUGAAGACUUGACACGUUUUUUCUUCAGAUAUUUCUACACUGUCUUUGAUGUUUUCGUAUAGAAUGAACAGAAAUUGGCAAAUGAUUCAAGACUUAAACAUCAACAAAACUAAGACUAGAAGGUGCUACUUCUGAACAAUUUUGGAAGAACAUUUCGUGGUAGUUUGAAAUGACGAACAACUUGAUGCUUUAAAUGAAGAAAGGACUUUUUAUGUACAUUUUGUGGUUCAGUUUUUGACAUUGUAACUAAAAGAAGAUCGCGAACUGGCUGCUGUUGGUAAGCAGAGAAGCACUUAGCGUUGAAGACAUGGACAGUGGCUUCUUGGUAUCGGGUUUUGUCUAUUGAAGAUAUUUUGGGAUCCAUAUUUCCUGGCUACUUUCCGGUCCAGUUUUGAUCGGACCCAAUGACUGUGAACUCGGUGCUAACCCCCUCGAUGAGUAGCAGCAACAGCAUGAGCAGCGGCUACUGUAGUCUGGACGAUGAGAGCGAGGACUUCACCUUCUUCACGGCCAAAACCUCCUUCUUUCGAAAACCAAAAAAUGCUCCCAAGGUUGAAACAAAAGAGGAAGAGGAAGGAGGAACGAAGGAUCUGUCAGAGGAGGAGGUGCGGCAGAGGAUAGAGGAGUACAACUCACAAGUGCCUGAGAAUGGCAUGAAACUGUCUUCAAACGGCUCCUAUCACGGCUUCAUCAAAGUGCGCCUGAGGUUGAGUCGACCCGUCACCGUCCAGGCUGUGGAUGGGCAGAACGCUCGGCUGCGCGCCGAGGGAGACACGGAGCAGUGUUUGGGGUCAGAGAAGCGUACUUCCUUCUACCUGCCGUGUGACUGUGUGAAGCAGCUCCACAUCAGCUCCCUCAACACCACACGAGAGGUCAUCCAGGGGCUGCUCAAGAUGUUGACCGUCCUGGACAACCCCUGCAAGUUCGCCCUCUACAGGCAGACCCACAGAGACGGACAGGACCUGUUCCAGAAGCUGCCUCUGUGGGAGCGCCCCCUGCUGUUGAGGCUGCUCGCCGGUCCAGACACAGAGGCGCUCAGCUUUGUCCUGAAAGAGAAUGAGACUGGAGAGGUGGAGUGGCACGCCUUCUCCGUCCCCGAGCUAACAAACUUUCUGGGAAUCCUGGAAAAGGAGGAGUCGGAGCGCGUUAGGGUCGUGGAGCAGAAAUACGCUGUUUACCGCAAGAAACUACAGGAGGCGCUACAGCGGCACGAACCCCACUGACCUCUGCCCCCGCUCACCCUUUGACCUUACAACCUCUGCAACCCAGGGAACAGACCGACCAAUCGCAUCGCUCCUCUCCUCGCCCCCCGGGUUCUAUUCCGAGCAAGUUUCCAUUCUCCGGACGAACUGUUUUCUCAGGCCCUAAAGCAAACAAGCACUGCAAAAAAGGACAGCUUACAUUUGUCAAAUCACUUGAAUUCAGAAUUUUAGUUUUGCUUUUUGGAUUUAAUAUGACCUGAAUUUAAAUUUGUGACUCUCUUUUUUUAAACCCAAUUUGGUAGAAUAAGAAAAUCGCACUUUCUGGUGUCCACUGCUACCUGCUUGUUAUUAAUAUUAUUGAGUUGUAUUGAAUGUUCCACAGUACAGCAUUAUCUUUCAUGCAUUUUUAUGCUUCAGUUACAGCUUCUCCCGGACUUUAGCACCUGCUUGUCUUCGUAUAGAUAUAGUAUUUAAUGCCGUACUGCGGAACAUACCAGGUUAAGGUUGUCAAAAAUAUCGAAAACCAGAUACAACUCAUUUGAGCAAGUAUCGAUACUAAAAAAGUCACAUUCACAGGACAGAAAUGAACCUUUCCUGAAUAGUUUUAGAAUGAUCUUGAGCUGAAUCAGGACCAUGGACCACGUAAAAUGUUGAAAAUUAUGCUCUAUUGUAUCUGUAUCGGAAUCGGUAUUGAGUAUCGAGUCCUUUUAGUAUCGUUACAAGACUAUUCCAGGUAGAGAAAUAACAUCUCCAGGGAAACAAGCAGAAAGCAGAAGACACAGAAACAAUAUCAUAACGAAAUAAAGACACAAAAUUGCUCCAAAACUAAAUUCUGCAUUCAAGUCUGAUGAUAACAAAUGUGAAAAGAGAUUAUGUUUUGCAGUGUCCCUCCGUGAAAAGACUGGAAACAGAGGAGGAACUUGGAUCUUUGUGUAAAUGGACACGCACAAUAAGGACAUGUAAAAUGGAGCUGGUUCUGGAGAUGGUUUAUUCUGCUGUUUUUUGCUGCUGCUGCUGCUACUGCAAAGUGUUACUUACUGUAUGCAUAGUACUAUAGAGAGACGCAUGGUUCAGUUUGUGCAACGUUUUGGGACUGAAGGACAAUCAUUUUUUUCGUUUUCACAUGAGUCUUGAUGAAGUUUUAUACAAAUUAGUGAUUCAAAAGCUGAGCUGAUUUAAGGUUUAAAUAUAAUUUAUUAGAGGGCUAUUUCAUAAAAUAAGAUAAUCUGGUAAAGUUAGGUUGCAUUUGUACAUUAUUUCAAGGUGCAUUGUGUAACUUUUGCUCCAUGCAUGUGUUAUUACUUUGUCUGGAAUGUUUCACAGUACGGUAAUAAACCUUUUUAUCAUCAUGAAGACCAAAUCAGACCAAGUUACGGGUCAGAUCUUAGAGCAGGGGUCUCCAAUCUGUAGCUCAGGAGUUACCAGUAGCUUUCCAACCCCUUCCAAGUAGCUCGCCAAAGGAAAUUAUUAUACAUAUUGCGCUGAAUAACUCAUAUUUGAUUAAUUAAAUGCCUAUUUCAUUUGCAAAUGUAUAAUUUUGAUGCCUAAAUUUGUGCACUGAUUACUGAUUUAUGUUUUAUAGACAUCUAACUGUACUUCAUUUUCAGAUUACCAUGGCUCUUGUAUUUACAAAAUUUCUGGCAACCUCUAAAAUUUGUAGUUCUCCCGCAUUUUCAUUUUACAAAAAGUAGCUCACACGAGGAAAAAGUUUGGAGACCCCUGUUUUAGAGUGAUAAAACCGCCUGUAACUGAAAAAAAGUAAAGUAGAGCUGUUUAAUGUUAUAAUGUGGAACAUUCCAGGCAGAGCAAAGACAUAUUCAUAGAAAAAGCAGGUGACGGACCCUCCUCCACCAGAAAAUUUACACAAUGCGCAUUUAAACCAACCUCAAUUCAGAAUAUCUUGGUUUGAGUAGUUUUUAAUGUAUUCACCAAAAGACAUUCAUAUUCCACAAGAUAUUUUAAGAGCUGACAGCUACUUAUACUCUACAGUAGUAGCUCUCUGCCAUUUUGUAAACAGUCACUAGAAACUGAGUCCAUAUAACAGCAGAGACGAGCCCUAGAAGCAGGGCCGUAGACACGAGUGGGACAAACAGGUCUGUUGUUCCGGGGCCCCAGGGUUCUAGGGGGCCUCUUCCUUAUUAAUUUAUGUCGACGGGCCUGCCUAGAAGAUUAGAAGACUAGAACUAUUAUCCAUUUCCCAGUGUACAAAAUGCACCUGAAGAAUACAUUCACAAUAGUACUAGGCUUGUGAUGAAUCAUAUUUGAUUUUUUGUGUUGUAAGUUUAAGUGUGAAAUCCACUGGGGAGCUCACAGAGACCCCUGACCUACAAGAGUCUUAAGCCUUUUGUAAUCAUUUGGCCUAAAAUAUGAAAAAAAUAACUAUCUGAAAACAUUCCAAACUAUAAAACUACUCAAAACAAGAUAUAAAAACUAGGGUGCUAAUUUAAAGGUGAAUUGUGUAACUUUCUGGUGGAGGGUCCAUCAAAUGCUUUGUCAGAGACAUUUCACAGUAUGACGUUAAACCUUUUUAUCAUCAUGGAGACAAAACUGAGUAUUUCUGAGCUGUAAAAUCACCUGUAAUCGAAUAAAUAUAAAGUAGAGCUGUAAAUGACAUAAUUUAGAACAUUCCAGGCAGCGCAAUGACAUCUCCAUGGAAACAAGAAGGUGACGGACCCCCAACCAAAAAGUUACAUAGUGCACAUUAGACAUUUACAUGUUUUUUUUUUUUUUUUUUAAGAGUUAAAUUGACCAAAAGUACUUUGUAUUUGCUCCACUUUAUUUGAGUCACCAAGGCGCCCCCUGCAGGUGUUUUAUGGAAUAGCCUUCAGUCCAUAAUGUAACAUAUUAAACACAGAGAAGAAAAAUCAUGUUUUUAUUUUUCUCAGGGAACAACAUGAAAGAGGAAAGAGCUGUCUCUUCCACUGUUCUCGAUCACAAAUUCGCGUUUUUCUUUGCUUUUCAAAAUAAGAGAAAUGUUUAAAAUAUUCCAGUUCCGCGGCAUGCGAUAGUAAGUGCAAUUUUUAUAUCAAAUGAAAUUAUGGUUUUGGUUACGUCGCAUGCAUUUCGAAAUAAAAUCAAUCAAAUUUCUACACUUUACACACACUGUAAUCACGAGAAGGCAGGUUUUGAAUGUGAAGGGUUUUUGCACCAAAGUUUAGAGGGAUCACCAGCCACUUUAUUAGGCACAGGUUAUGGUUAAUGUUGAAACUUCUGGGAUCAGAAAAAAUUAGUUUAGGCUUGAUUUAGUCCUGGACUGGGUGAGAUCUUGUUUAGUCCUGGUUUAGUUCCUGUUUAGUCCUUGAUGAUUCUUGGUUAAAUUGUGGUUCAAUCAUAGGUUGGUUUAAUCCUGACUUAGUCCUGGUUUAGUCCUGGUUUAGUCCUUGUUUAGUACUUGUUUAGUUCCUGCUUAGUCCUUGUUCGUUUUUAGUUCAAUUAUGGUUAAUUCCUAGUUUAGUUUAGUCCUGAGUUCCUGUUUAGUCCUUGUUAAUUCCUGGUUAAAUUAUGGUUCAGUCUUAGUCCUGGUUUAGUCCUGGUUUAGUCCAGGUUUAGGCCAGGUCUAAUCCUGGUUUAAUCCAGGUUUAGUCCCUAUUAAGCACUUCUUACUUCUUUGUUAAGUUAUGGUUCAAUCUUAGUUUAGUUUAAUUCUGGUUUAGUCCUAGUGUAGUCUUGGUUUAAUCCUAGUGUAGUCCUGGUUUAGUCCUGGUUUAGUCCUAGUUUAGUCCUGGUUUAGUCCUAGUUUAGUCCUGGUUUAGUUCGAAUGGUUAAUCAGUGCCUAAUAAAGUGACCAGUGUAUUAUGGAUGUUAUGGGAAGUCUAGAGAUCUUCUAUAAAGAUAUUUUGUUCUGGUUUAUAUUUGCACAUUUUCCAGAUUUCCCAAAUAUUUCCUAAAAACAAUCUCAAAAAUGUUCAAUAUUCAGUGAUGUACCAAUGAUUUUGUUGCCUAUGUAAAAUGCACAUUGAAAAGAAGUCAAGUCUGUCCCUUCUGCUUUGCCUGAUGCGCUGAUGAGGAAUCCUGCUUUAAUUACCAUAAUGUGCAUAUGUUAUGUUUAUAAUUAGCCCCAGUGCGUCACACAGUUUAUGGCUUAUGCAGGAGUUGAAUCAUAAAAUCUGAAAUUCUAAUUUUAAAAGUCCAGAUGUUGUGGUGAAGGUUUGUGUGCCCCUACAAAAUUGCAUGACAGUUUUUCUCACUGACUUUGGCUUAGAUUGUUUAAAAAAAAAUACAGAAUAAGGAGAGAUCAUCAUAGCAACUCUGCUCAUUUCUUUUUGUAGCAAGUGUUUGUUGACAAGACUUCAUACGCUAGACAUUUGGAUCAGAUUUUAAUAUUUGAAUGCCAAAAAUACCUCAUAUCUGGGCCUAGGGCAGGUCAUGAACUUUGAUUGAAUCUCUAGAAAAAAUAUUGUAAAUUUUGGGAAACUCUUCUGAAUUAACAUAGUAUCCGGCCAUUAUCUGAAGACAUUUUUAAUUGAAAUUUUUAAAUGGACAGUUUAGAAUUUUGAACAUAGGACCUCAUUUCCUAGUGAGGCUGAGUGUUGGAAACGUGUGGAGACACUUUUUGAAAAUGUCCAAAAUUUCUAACUGUCCCUUUAAAUAGAAUAUUUUGUCUGGCUGAAUACAGAUAGAUAAAAAGUGUUUAAUGGCCCUUUACACUUUAAUCUUGUCAUUGCACUUAUUUUAAAGGUGCACUAUGUCACUUUUCUGCUACCUGUUCGUCUCCAUGGAGAUGUUACUGCUUACCACUUUACCUGGAAUGUUCCACAGUAUAAUAUUAAACAUAUCUAUCUAGCAUUAACUUCAUUACAUAUAUAUUUUCAUGCUCAAAAACAUGCAUCCUGACUAUGAGCGGGUCGCCUCUCCACAGAUCUGACCUGUAACUUAAAGGGCCGAUAUUAAGCUAUUUUCUGAUCUAUGUUAUGAUGUUGUUUCCUCAUCGCAAACAGACCUGGAGUUGAGUUUUUUCUUUGAUUCACACAUGUUUUUGAGUUUUCCCCUCAAACUGAAAAUGCUGUUCCACCUUGUGAUGUCACGCAGUAACACAGGAAGUUACUCAAACACGUGUGAACGAAACAAAACACAACUCCAGGUCUGUUUUCGAGGAGGUAAUGGCAUUUUAACGUGACUUAAAGCUCACAAGAGUCAAUUUUGUGUAAUAUAGAACCUUUGACAACAACAUCUCCAUGGAAACAAUCAAACGUCAAACCUCCAAAAGAAAAUUCCACAGUGCAUCUUUAACAUUUGAGUCAAAGUCGAUGAGAAACCUUGAAGAUUUUGUGGUGAAUCUUUCCAAUGAAAAUGUGUGUAGUCCAUAAGCACAUGCGUCCAAUGUCCCACAGCUGUUCCUGCUACAGUGCCUUGGUUUCUGAGCCCCGUGUCUUCUUCUGCUGUUCUGGGGGUUUUCUUUUCGGUUUAUUUAUUUCUCCCUGAUUGGUCCUGUGUCUCGUCACUGUGAGGAUGUGGACAAACGCACGUAUUUAUUUAUUCGUGUCCUCCGUCUGUGUGGGACAAAAGGACAUGGAGAUCUGUGCUUUUAUUUUGAAAGAGUUGUGUAAAAUAUAUGACGUGUACAGAGUAUUGAGCUGAAAUAAAAUGUCAUCCCUUUAAA